GCCCUGUGCUUGCGUGCGUGGUGACGUAGGAGGAAGCAGGCUGGAUUAAAGCGCAGUGCCUCGCGUGAUCACUAAAUGGAGCAGCAGAGACGAACACAGCUAUCGCUACGAGUUAAAUUUACGACUUUUUGAGCCGGUCGACUCGUUGUUUUUCAUUCUUCACUUAUUGUGAAAGUGCUUUUGACUGUUUGUUCAGCGGGCGUUUAGCAGGACUGCCGAGAAGAGACGGAGAGAUGAAGUCCUACAUCAUCGGAAUUGGCGGGGUCACUAAUGGCGGCAAAACCACCCUGACCAAUAAGUUGAUCAAGACUCUGCCCAACUGCUGUGUUGUGCACCAAGACGACUUUUUCAAGAAACCUGAUCAGAUCGAAGUCGGGGAGGACGGCUUUAGACAAUGGGAUGUCAUCACAGCUAUGGAUAUGGAGGCCAUGACCAACACAGUCAAAGGCUGGAUUGAGAACCCGGUGAAGUUUGCUCGUUCCCACGGAGUCCCUCUGUCUCCUGCAUCCGACGUGGCCAACGCAGACGAGCGGACCCACAUUCUGAUCGUGGAGGGCUUCCUGCUCUUCAACUACCCGCCUCUGCAGGAUGUUUUCGACAAGAGCUAUUUCAUCACGAUUCCCUACGAGGAGUGCAAGAGAAGGAGAUGCACAAGGGAGUACACUGUCCCCGACCCCCCCGGCCUGUUUGAUGGCCAUGUGUGGCCGAUGUACCUGAAGCACAGGAGAGGGGUGGAGAGCAGCGGCUUGAAUAUCCAGUGCCUGGAUGGUUUGAAGUCCAAAGAGGAGAUCUACAACCAGGUGUACGAGGACAUUCAGAACAAUCUGCACAAUCGUUUAUAGCAGGAACACUCCUCUAAUCCCUGUACAGAGCUUGUAAAUACUCCCGUGGAUUCUUCCUUUUUACAUUUUGACAUUUUUCUAAUGGUCUUCAUUGUUUGUAAAUGUAACAGUGCAAAGUUAACUUAUAUUUUUUUUAUCAUUCUCAAAUGGUUGUUUUAAUCAUUCUUUUUGUUUUUUGUGAUUAUUUACCAAGAAUAUUACUAUUUUAAACUACUAACUGGACUAUCUGUCAAACUCUAAUAAAUAAAUGAAUUACUUGCUGUUGCUUUACAGCAGUUUCAAGAACCUCUAUUUUCUUGUCUUAACAAAAUUUUAUCCAUCUAAACGAAUUCAAUUUAGCGAUUUGCAGCAUUAGUUUUUUCUUCUGUUUUUAUAAUUAAAAUGGACAGUCUACAGUUUAAUAAAAAAAUGUCACCAUUUGAUGCACUGGACAAGAUUAUAGCUUUAGCCAAUUUGCAUCCAAACCGUACAUUGGGGAAUAAAAAAAUAAAAAGAUACAAGUCGUGAAAAGCUACCGAGCAGCACAGUAAAAGUAAACCGUAAUUCCCUCAAUGAAUUGUGCCCAGCGGCUUUUAACAGAUUUUCUUUAUUUUUUUUAACUAUUUAAAAAGUGCUGGUGCUGCUCUUCAUGUCGGGCCCGGUGAUCCACUGACUCUUUGCUUCUUUAGAGAAAGAUGAUUUCCCAAAUGCAGUGCGGUGAGAUGGAAUGGAAGUUAGCCCAUUUAUUAAUUUCAAAACUACAUAUUGUAGAAACAAACUAUUAGUAGUUUGCACAGUUUCAUCUUGUGUGUGUGUGUUAGUUUGCAUUUAAGUAUUACGAUAAAAUUCUUUAUUUAGAGACUCAUCUGUACAGUCUCCUUCUAUUGAAGUCGACAUUCUUAAAUUACACUGUAAAUUUUAACCUUUUUUUUAUAUCCUUUUAAUGACUGACUUAUGUUUCAAUCAUCACGUGUUCUUAACUAUUUGUAAAUCUCCUUGCUUUUAUGUUUGGAUGUUUUUAAGGGUUUUAUCUGACGCACUUUGAAUGGCCUUGUUGAAAUGUGCUAUACAAAUAAAAUUGCCUUGCCUUGUGUAUUAAAACAGCAAGCACCCUUUCCAGCCACAGUGACAUCAGCUGCAGCUACUUGUGAUCUCUCAUGCGGUUGUCUGGUGGAAAUGGAGUGACAAGGGGAUUGUUGUGACACACUAGCAGGUGCACGUCGAGUGAAGAACACCGGCCUGAACUGGUGCUAAAAAUGACAUCAGAAUGUCUAAUGACUGUGAAAACAUGCAGGUCUCUUCAUCGAAGACAAACAGAACGGAGGAAACGGGAAAGGCGACGACGUAGGCAGAAGACGCCUGCUUGUGACAACAAAAAUGGCCUCAUAGGCAUUAAAAAGCCCACUGGAAGGUCUGCACUUACCAUAUCAGCCACACCGAUGUUCAUGGUUUGUUACCCAUUGUUCUUAUUAAGUAUAUUGUUACUUUCCAUAACGUAUGUGCAAGUAGCCUACCUGACUGACAAUCACGGUUAUUUGUGAAAUGUGACUUUUUCUCAACAUGUUUCCCAGCUUAUUCUGAUCACUUGAUGAAACAGUUUUUUUUCAACGUGUCUCAGUCACUUGAACUACUUGACAUCCUAAUGAAAAAACACGAGGGACAUUCGUUUUUCUUGAAGCAGCUUGUGUGUCUGUCAAUCAACAAGAGGAAUGAGGACAGAGUCUCACGUGUCCUUUUUCUUUUUAUUCUUUCUUAUAAAAAACAGUUUCUCAA